CGUUGAUGGGGCUUGGGCUCAUUUGAUUGGUUGUCGAUAAGUUGGGAUGGGGCGAUGACGCAGUUAGCGCUAGAAAGGUAACAAGCCGGGAGCUGCAGCUUACAUUCCGGAAGGGAGAAGCCGAGGCAAGAUGUGCGACUUUUCAGAAGAUCAGAUUAUCGACUUCAAGGAGUCCUUCCAACUAUUUGACCGUGUCGGCGAUGGCAAAAUCUACUACAGCCAGUGUGGGGACGUCAUGCGGGCACUGGGGCAGAACCCCACUAAUGCCGAGGUGAUGAAGGUUUUGGGAAACCCAAAGUCUGAAGACCUGAACACAAAGACCCUUGAGUUUGAACAGUUCCUCCCCAUGCUGCAAGCAAUUGCCAAGAACAAGGAUUUGCCUGGACUGGAAGAAUUGCUCGAAGGGUUCAAAGUCUUUGACAAGGAAGGAAAUGGCUUUGUUAUGGGCUCUGAGAUGCGUCAUGUCCUUGUUUCUCUGGGAGAGAAGUUGUCAGAAGAUGAAGUAGAGACCCUUUUAAGUGCUCAUGAAGAUGCAAAUGGCUCCAUUAAUUAUGAAGAACUUAUCCGGACGGUGUUAAACGGCUGAAGUUUCUCCAUAGUUCCUCUGCUCAGUGGGGAUGAAGUGUGUAUGUGGGGGGGAAUUAGUUAAUUUACUCCAACCGUUCACUAGAGUGGAAUACAGUCUAUGUAGCAAGUGCCUUUUCUGCUUCCUCGUCAUCCAAGCCCCUUCUUUGCUCAGAAGUGAUGAAUUCUCAUUCUUUCUAUGACACGGCAGGAGAGGCCGAGAGCUACAGAUUAAACGAUCAUCAGAAGAAAUUGUGGCUAAAGAAGUUUUUGUAUUCCCCCCCAUACUCUUCCUUAAUGCAGAAGUGUGCAGAGAAAGAUAAAUUAUUUCAAAUUUCUAUAUAUCCCCCCUUCCAACCUCAAAUAAACGGGAGUGAUUUUUUUUUUUUUUUUU